UUGCUUAUCCAGGUUUUUGUGUGUAGUCACGAUUAGAACGCAAAUUCAUUGUUCGUCACACCUCGUAGAAGUAUUUCAAUAACUCAACUUCACUUGUAAUUUCUGUGAUAAUGUAUUUUAUUCGGUGUAAGUUAUUCUUCGGUUGAAGACAACUCUAUAAGACUUUCAUCAAUUUUUUGAUAUAACAAGUUGAUGAAUAUGUUAGACCCUCUGGUUUGUUGUUGAACACUCAUGUAUACGAAAAUUUCGGAUAAAGUGAAGUGAUUUCUUCGGAAUGCGUUUGUAGAAGUGUAGUAGAUCAUAGUUGAUAUUUUCGAAUUGGUUUUUAACUUAACGGACGCAAAAUGUUUUUGAAAACGGACACAAAAUUUAAUAUGACGGUGAAAGAAUGGUUUCGAAAACACCAACCACUACAACUAUAUAUUGUUUUUAUUUUGACUAUAUUGUUCCUGAUAAUACAGUUGGCAAUAAGUCAUAUCACACAUGCCUUGACUCUUCUCAUGAAUUCUUAUCAGAUGUUGUGCAAUGUCCUUGCAUUAAUAGGAUAUAUUAUUACAAUUAAGUUUCAAUCCAAGGAAUUGCAAGACUCCACAAACCAAAAAGAAAGCCAGCCGCCAAGUAAAAUCGACACCAACAAUGAAAAAAGAUGUGAAGAUUUGAAAUUAGAGGCCAAGGAAGAUAAACUGAAGAAUACCUUCGGAUGGGCAAGAAUAGACGUCAUUUCUAUGCUGAUCUGCUGCGUAUUCUGUGCUUCAUUAUGCUUCUCUGUGAUUGUUGAAGCUCUUCAAACUUUGUUGCACAUGGAUCAUCUCCACGAGAUGCAUAACCCAAUAUCUGUUUUUUGUAUGGGAGCAGCUUCAUUCCUAUUGAAUGUAGUAUGCUUCAUUCUUAUUGGCGGAUAUACUUUCCAUCAGGGAUCAUUUUUGUAUGUCAAUGAGAGUGGGGAGGUUGUUUUGAACAAGGUUCCUCCAAUGGAGAACGUCAGGCAAGGCCAACGUAGAUUAUCUAGGACGAAGACUUUGUCUUCGGAAUUGACGAACAAGAGGCAGAAUUUCAGAGAAAUGUUUAGAGAUAGUUUAGGUUCCUUUUUGGUGAUGAUUUCGGCUGUUCUAAUCUAUCUAGUAGACUUGCACUACUUCAAAUAUGUUGAUCCUGUCAUUGCAAUAAUUCAUGCAUUAGCCUUGAUGUCUAUGAGUUUUCCUUAUAUGAAAGAAAGUUGUUUCAUCCUACUACAGACAAUGCCUGGAUCUAUAGACAUAAACUCCUUGAGGGUAGACUUGCUGAAACAAUUUCCAGACAUUGUGAAUGUUCAUGAUUUUCACGUAUGGCAGCUCACGACUAAUAAAGUGAUCUCAACUGUACAUAUCAUUUUACAAAACCCAGAGGUUUAUAUAAGGAUCAAAAACGACUUAAAGAAGCACUUCAUCUCAAAUGGUAUCACCCAGGUUACCAUACAGCCAGAAUUCUUCGAACACCCACAAAAACCAGACGCUAUAACAUCUACAAACGUUAUCAAGUGCCUUAUGGCAUGCCAAGACUCCUGUGGAUCUUGGUUAUGCUGCCUAGAAUCAGAAAUAGAGAAAAACGCUUUGAAAGAAAUAAAAUGCGAGUCGAAGGAAACUCUGCCAGGUGUACCAACCACAAAAACUGUGAUAUCAACUCAACCCGAAAUAAUUCAGAAAAAUACUUCCGAAGAAUGUGAAAGAAAGCCAUCUGUGAAUUUGACGGAGGAAAAUAAUUUGCUGAAUAAGGAACAGAAGCUGAAUAUUAAUGCUCAAGAAUUCACUAAAGAAGUUAGGGAAGAAGUGAAAGCCAAUUUGUAGAUAAUUAAAUUCUCUGUGAUUUAAAUGCGACUGAUAUUAAUUUGUAUUUCAUAUUAUGUGCCUGUAUUUUAACGUGUAAGAUGCAUUUACUGAAAAUUGUACAUAUAUCUUGUGUCUUAAUUUUAUACAUUGCUGACUAGGCCAGUGUACCUACUAUAUGAUUUAAAUAAAUAUGUGAAAAAUAUAAAGUUGAAUACUG